UCACUUUGAGUAAGCCGAGUUUAUAUCCUGGGAAUCAGGAAGAAUGGCAGACAUUAUUCAGGAAAAGCUGGCCAAGUACCGCACUGCUCCAUUUGAUGCACGGUUCCCCAAUACAAAUCAGAACAGACAUUGCUGGCAGAACUACCUCGAUUAUCACCGAUGCCUAAAGGCUUUGACCGCCAAAGGAGAGAAAGUCACACCCUGUGAGUGGUACUACCGGGUGUAUAAGUCCAUGUGUCCCAUAUCCUGGGUUACCAAGUGGGAUGAACAGCGAGAGGCCGGAACAUUCCCUGGGAAAAUAUGAAAUAUGUGGCUGUUAACUAAUGUAUGGUCAACACAGGGGGUUUUGGGUUAAAUGCACAGAUGUUUCAGAAAUGA